AUGGCGGCUUUCACAUCCUCGCAGAACCGAAUGGCCCUGGAUCAUUUUGUUAUGAUGCCAGUAACAUCUGAGAUGGUUUCGUAUCUGGCACAGAAGGCGACCUCUGUCAUCCGUUGCGAGAAUCGGCGUGCUCAGACAGAGAAGACACUUCCUCCUACUCCACCUGCAACACCGCCUCACGAUGCAGAGCCAUUAUCACCCUUACAACCAUCCCUUCCGUCCUUGGAGGCAUUCAUUCAGUCUCUGGUGGACAGAUCCCGCGUUCAGGUCCCCACCCUCAUGUGCUCCCUAGUCUACCUCUCAAGGUUACAACAACGGUUACCUCCAGUCGCCAAAGGAAUGCGUUGCACCGUCCACCGCAUUUUCCUCGCCUCUCUCAUCCUCGCGGCCAAGAACUUGAACGACAGCUCCCCCAAGAAUAAACACUGGGCACGGUAUUCGUCGGUGAAAGGCUUCGAGGGCUUCGGCUUCUCCAUCACAGAAGUUAACCUCAUGGAAAAGCAGCUCCUCUUCCUCCUUGACUGGGAUUUGCGAAUCACAAAUGAGGAUCUCUUCACCCACUUUGAGCCCUUCCUCGCUCCCAUCCGCCUUCAACAGGAACAAGCCGAGCUCAAGCGCAGAAAACAUGCCCGCGAGCACGAGCUGCUCCAGCAACAACGAGCAUAUUACAGCAAACCCCAGUCAGGCCGUGCCUACGCUUCCACAACAGCUCUUCCUACACCUCCACCAUCAGUGGGCGUGUAUGCUUCGCCGACCGCUUACAGCUCCUCAUCCUACAUUUCCGACCUCGAGCGCUUCUCUUCAACAUCCACUACCUCCAUCUCUCAAUCGUCUAAUCUCCCAGCGCGCACACCGCGCCGCCCGAUCCGUCAAGCCCGCUCCAUCUCUCCUCCUGCAGCGGACAAUGUCCCAGCUCUUAGUCGUCCUGGCACAUCUACGGACAACUACAGCGUCUCCUCCCGUUCUGCUUCCUCUUCUCCACCUUCAACAACACAUGGAACGCCUGCUUCCACCAUAUCUUCAUACGUGGAUGACACUUACGUGCCAAUCAUUGGCAAGGAUGAUGGCUAUGGUGGGGAGUACAAGCUCAGGCCAAUGCUGGGGAAUCAUCAGCUGAGCAGCUACGGCGUAGAGGAGAAGCCUGCCAAGAAGAUGCGAACGGGGAUGAUGGGCGGAAGCAUCAUCUCACGCUUCUUGAACUCGACUCAGCCAUACCGAGUCCGGGUGUGA